AUUUGUCUUCACAAGCAACGCUCUUUUCUUCACCUUAUUGCAUGUAAUAAUCAUUUUGUUCUACUAGCCAAUCCAGUGACUCUAGAGGCGAAUUGAUUAUAGAAGGUGAAGACUAACGAAAGCCGGUGGAAGCUACGUUAGUUGAAGAGACGUUUGAAGUCGUCAAAAAAAAAGCAAUUCACGAAGAUGCAGCUCUUCAUUUGUCUUGUGAUUAUUUGUGCUUUAUGCCAACAAACUGUCGCUUUUCCUAAAUCAAAUGACACCACAACAAGAGCAUCUGUAAAUAGCAUUACCGUUGUACAAGUGACGACCGUAAGAGUACCAACUACGCCAAGUACGACUAGCUUGAAGUUAAGCAUCAAUGAUCCUCCAACUACUGAUAGCACUCCUAUAGAAGAACUUCCACAUCCUGGGGACUGCGAUUUUGACAGCAGCUUUUGCAACUGGACAAACACAGUGGACGAUGAAUUUGAUUGGACGAGACUGAGUGGACGCACGGCCAGUAGUAACACUGGACCCUCUAGUGACGUCACAGGGAGGGGAUAUUAUGCUUAUAUCGAAGCAUCUUGGCCUCGUCGGCCAGGUCACGUUGCCCGUCUUAUCAGUCCAGUCACGGAAGGCGUUCAGUGCAUGCGAUUCUAUUACAACAUGUUUGGUCGAUAUAUGGGAGACUUGCAGAUCUUUAUUAAAGAAAACAGCUCUAUGGUAUUCCUUUGGGGUCGCUACAAAAAUCAAGGGCGUGGCUGGCACUCAACAAAUGUGACGGUGUAUGGAGAAAGCUACAGGAUUGUGUUUUUCGCUCGUGUUGGGAAAUCCUACACAGGAGAUUUGGCCAUCGAUAACAUCACCUUUGUCAGUGGAACCUGCGAUGGAAAACCUUUGUUUUAUCAAGAAAAAGUGAAAGAUGUUGCGGUCCAACUAGCAGAAGGAGAACCUGGGACUUGUAACUUCGAUGGAGGAUUUUGCGAGUGGAUUAACGUACCCAUUGGGGAUAAUUUUGAUUGGACACUACAUCGAGGAAGAACAGGAACUGGUGACACUGGACCACUAUACGACCAUGCAGGAAAUAAUGGAUAUUACCUGUACAUAGAGGCCUCGACCCCCCGAUUGAGUAGACACAGCGCCCAGCUUCUUAGUCCUCGUUUAUGCGGUACAAUGUGCAUGCAUUUCUAUUACCACAUGUAUGGUUCGGACAUGGGUGAGCUUAAUAUCUACCAGAGGCGUGGUCUUCGUACGGACGAUAGGAUCUGGGGAGCGAGAGGUGAACAGGGUGAUGUGUGGCAUGAAACACUCAUUGAUAUAUCUGGCAACUGCUACCAAAUAGUGAUAGAAGGUAUCAUAGGUAAUGGCUACCUAGGUGAUGCUGCUAUAGAUGACGUUGUAGUUACUAAAGGCAGCUGCUGUGCCAAAAGACACUUGAAUUUUGAUGUCAAAAAAGAAGGUAAUUGUUCGUUUGACAGUGGUUUUUGUAAAUGGAAAAACCUCAAAGAAGAUGAUUUCAAUUGGAGCCUGAUAGACAAAGAGACACCCAGCACAAAGACUGGUCCAGACGGUCCGUUCAACAGCAUUGGCCAGUACGCAUAUGUGGAGGCUUCUGAGCCGCGCCUGAAGGAAGACCGAGCAGUCCUUGUAGGGCCUGUUAUUAGCGGGUUCGUGUGCCUGAGGUUCAAGUACCACAUGUAUGGCCAGCACACAGGAGCAUUAGCAGUAUAUCAACAUGGUAGUGGUGUACUGAGACACCGACUGUGGGUGCGCCAAGGAAAUAUGGGAAAUCUCUGGAGAGACGCUUAUCUCAAUAUUGGAUGCAAAGAGCCCCAUUAUCAGAUCGAAUUUGAAGCCAUCAUCGGAGGAUGGCGAAGUGAUAUCGCAAUCGAUGAAAUUACCUUUAGUCACACCAUGUGCAAUACAACUAUUGAUGUACCAAUACCGUCACCCCCUAUCACUCUACCACCAACACUUUAUCCACUUUGUAAUGGUGACUGUACGUUCCCGGGUUCGUUUUGUGAAUGGAAGAAUGAUCGCGAUGAUCAAUUUGAUUGGUUGAUUGGCCAAGGUAGCACUCCAUCCCUGGUUACUGGUCCGAAAAGAGACGUAGAUGGCAACGAGUACUAUAUCUACAUCGAGGCCUCGUUGUAUCGCUACAAACAGCGAGCAAGUCUUGUCAGCGGUUACAUGAGAGGCACCAAGUGCAUGCAGUUUCAUUACCAUAUGCAUGGACGUGGAAUUGGGGUCCUGACGAUACAAAUGAUAAACACCAAUAACAACGACAAGAAAACAAUAUGGUACCGUGCUGGCCAGCAGGGAGAGAACUGGAUCCGAACAUAUCUAAACGUUCAGGGGACUGGGUACAAGAUCGCAAUAGUUGGAGAGAUAGGUGGAGCAACAACAGGAGACAUAGCAAUAGAUGAUAUCUCCUUUACUGAUGGUCAAUGCAAAUAUUUACUGGAGACAGUACUGGAUGAUAUACUACCGGUACCAAAGACCGACAGACCAUAUGAAGAUCGUCCAGAAAACUGCACAUUCGAUGACAAUCAUAUGUGCCGGUGGGUAAAUGACCAAGAUGACAUGUUUGAUUGGAUAUUAUGGAAGAAAGGAACACCUUCACGACUAACAGGACCCUCCUCUGAUCAUGGGGGGAAAGGUAUGUACAUCUACACAGAAGCAACAGCUCCCCGUCAACCGGGAGACAAGGCUCAAAUCUCCCUCAUCAGGUCAAGUGGGAUAUCAUGUAUGCGCUUUUGCUACCAUAUGUACGGUGAAGAUACAGGUGAGCUCAACUUGUACCAUUAUAACACACGAACAAGAAGAAGAAGGUUAAUAUGGAGUAGAAGUGGACCACAGGGGAAUGAAUGGCUUGAGAGCAAGAUAACGUUUUUGGCGGGGACAUAUCAGCUUACUUUUGAGGCCGUGCGUGGCUCAGGGUUCAAGAGUGAUAUCGCAUUAGAUGAUAUUAUCUUCACUGAUGGCCCGUGCGUUUCUAAACCCUCUCAACGCCGCACAACUAUGGACACUACGACCUCAUCAAUAGAUGAUUCUCUUCAGGUUUCUUUACUGAUGGAACUAAAUGGAACACUCUACAUUAUCUUAUGGCUAGUACAUCAAAAGCGAGACAUUGGAUGUACAUGUGCCCUCUUUAAAGAAGUACUGACGUAUUGAUACCUUAUGGCCGGAAAAAUCUUCAUUUCGGAGUCGAACUAUUUAGUUUCAGAUGAAAUGUAGCCAUGAACCUUCGAGAGGCCACAAUCGCCACAUGCCACAGAAAAAUGAGCUGGCUGUCUUAGGAAUUCUCAGUGUGCAGCGAUUGUCCAAAUAUUUGAUGUGCUUUUAACAUUGCUUUCCGCUAA